UUGUGUCUUCCUACUGUCCUCCCUUGUCCAUUUGUAGGCAUGAGCCAUGAGCCAAAGUCACCAUCUUUAGGAAUGAUCUCCACGGCGACACGUACCACGGCGACAGUCAGCCCCCUCACCCCGUCACCUCUCAACGGCUCCAUCGUAGCAAAUGGAAGCCCAGCUGCUCAGUCAGCUCACUCUGGAUUUGCUGCAGCCCUCCGUAAAUUGGCAAAACAGGCCGAAGAACCUCGAGGUAAUGCGGUGAACCAAGGCCUGUGUUUUUUGCCCCUUCAUGGGAGGGAGCGGGUGUAUGUGGCUCAGCUUGAGCAAUCAUCUGUGGAGGCAGACUGGGAGAGUGGGGCGGGUAAUGGAGCCGCAUCCUCAAUCAGUAGCGAGUCAUCUCCAGUCUCCUCCCCAGCCACCAACCACAGCUCUCCGGUCAGUACCCCCAAGAGAGGUCCCCUUGGUCCAGGACCUGUUCUGGUUCCCCCGGCGGGCCACAGUGUGCCAAAUACCCCACCUGUAGUCACCAUUGCUCCAACAAAGACCAGCAACGGCCUGUGGAGGAACGACGGUCGCCAGGGUGACUCGGGGCCUCGUGGGGCCAGCAGGGAGCGUCUGGGCGCAGAGGGGUCGCUCUCCCAAGAGAAGGGAGGCCCCUCGGUUCCUGCUCACCUUUUGGGAAACCCCUAUGCCUUUGGUCUCACCCCUGGUGCUGUCAUGCAGGACUCCCGCUUUCAGCCACUGAACCUGCCCAGACAGUUGACUAAUGCGGUACCUCCGGGUCCGGUACCAGAGGAGUACCUUCGGGGUUUCCGGCCCUAUGCUGAGGAUGCCCUCAGGAUGCCAUCUUUGCCCUUGGGCCUGGACCCAGCCACUGCAGCAGCUGCAGCUGCCUACUACCACCCCAGCUACCUGCCUCACCCCUCCUUCACGCCAUACAGGAUGGAUGAUCCGUUCUGCCUCUCUGCUUUGAGGUCACCUUUCUAUUCACUGCCAACAGGGGGAGCGUUGCCCCCUCUCCAUCCCCCUACUGUUCACAUGCACCUGCCAGGGGUCCGCUACCCUGGAGACUUCACGCAUCCUUCCCUGUCAGCUCUGCAGUCUGAGAGGCUCCAGCUGGAGGAUGAAAUGCGGCAGCGUGAGAGGGAGCGGGAACGAGAACGGGAGCGGGAGAAAGAGAGGGAGCGUGAGGCGGAGAGGGAGAAAGAGCGGGAGAGGGAACGAGAGCGGGAAAGGGAGCGAGAGAAGGAGCUGGAGAGGGAGAGGGAGCGCGAAAGGGAACGGGAGCGGGAGAGAGAACGGGAAAAGGAGAGGGAGAGAGAGAAGGAGCUGGAGAGGCAGAAGGAGAGGACACUGAGGGAGAAGGAGCUGCAGGCGUCCAAAGCCAUGGAGAACCACUACCUAGCUGAGCUCCAUGCCAUGAGGGGACAGGAGGAACGAACCAAGCCUGAGAGACUGACCCCUAAUCGGGCUGACAAAACCAAAGAGCCCGCACUUCCAGCCCCGAAGCCAGUCCCACCUGGAAUCCACACUUCAAUGGUUCCGCCACAUCAUUCUGUUCCUGGCCUGAUCUCAGGCCACGGCCUAUACAUGGGGCCCAGUACUGUAAAUGCGGGCCUCUCAGCCUCUAUGAUCGCUCAGAGGACCAAUGAGGAAGAGAGGUGGUUGGCGCGGCAACGCAAGCUGCGGCAGGAAAAGGAAGACCGCCAGUACCAAGUGUCUGAAUUCCGCCAGCAGGUUCUGGAGCAGCAUCUGGAUCUGGGCCGGCCAGCAGACGCCUCAGAUCACAGGACAGACUCUCACAGAUCCAUACCAAAUCACCAUGAACCGGGCAGCCGGGAGCAUCUCCCUCACUUAGGGGGCCCUCCACCUCUCAUCUCUCCGAAGCCCCCACAGUCGCAGCGUGAACAUCACCCUCCUCCUCCUACAACCCUGUGGAACCCUGCUUCUCUUAUAGAAACAAGCUCAGACUCCAGACGUAGCCACGAGCCCUCAGGGAUGGGACACUACGAGCUCAGUCAGUUGCCCCCAGGGCCCUCCAAAUACGAGGACGGAGUGCGAAGAAGAGAUGUGGGAGCAAUGGAGAAAUAUCCCCAUCUAAGAGGCCCCCCAGGCCUGACCGAGCCCAGCACCUUCCUUGCCGAUCUAGAGAAAUCCACCCAGACCUUUCUGAGCCAACAGAGGGCAUCGCUCUCACUGUCAAGCCAGUAUGAAAUGGAGGGAGCCUUCAAAAGCAGUGCUGGACUGAAGAGCCUCCAGGCACACCCGGGGUCAAGCAGACACGGACAAGGACUUGGAAUGAUCCCCGGACCAGUGACGGGACAGGCCUCCACACCGGGCCUAGGUCCAGACGCAGUGCUGAUCUUUGAUGAGUUCCUUCAGCAGCACCGGCGGCCUGUAAGUAAGCUGGACCUGGAGGAGAAGAGGAGACGGGAGGCCAAAGAGAAAGGUUACUACUAUGAGCUGGACGACUCGUACGAUGAGAGUGAUGAGGAGGAGGUGAGAGCCCAUCUCAGGAGAGUAGCAGAGCAGCCCCCACUCAAACUGGAUGACUCCACAGAGAAAUUGGACUUCCUGAGAGUGUUUGGCCUGACCACGGUUGGCAGGCGCGAUGAGAUUGUGCAGCAGAAGAGGAGAAAGAGGAGGAGGAUGCUCAGGGAGCGAAGCCCUUCCCCACCUGCCUCGCAGUCAAAACGCACUCCCCCUCCUUCUCAACUCAGCACUCGCUUCACCCCAGAGGAAAUGGAUCGAGCGCCUGAGCUGGAGGACAAAAAGAGAUUCCUCACCAUGUUCAGACUGUCACAUGUCACCAUACAAGAGAGGAGAGCUGAGCUCAACCAGCUUUACUUGCACUACAGCCCCAUGAACGUGCUGACUGGAGCCUCCAAGGACAUUAUAAGGGACAAUGAAAGGGUGGUGGAGCUCCUUCAAGCCAUCAAAGAAAAGAGUGUAACCUUGGAUACAAUCAGGCAUUCUCCUCAUCCGCUGUGUAAAAGCCCUCCAGCGCAAACCUCUGAUCCAGCAUGUGCUCAGCCCUCCUCUGAAUCAGAAGACCACCAUAAUGUCAGACUGCAUAGCCCCCCCUCGCAUUGCCCCGCAUCCCCUAAUGGCCAUCCAAAACCCCUCGGGGACACGUUAAGACCAAAGGCACCCUCUUCUCCAGCUGUCUACCCAGACAAGGCCCGGGGGCCCAGUGAGGGACCCAUCUCAAAGCGCAGCUCCAGCCUACUCAACAGCUUGCGGCCCCCACUCCCCCUGCAGGCUAAAGAGGGGCUUCAGAGCGUGAAUGGACGCACAAAAGCCUGGGACAGCUUCACCCCGGAAGAAUUUGCCCAGCAGUUCCACGAAUCUGUCCUUCAGUCCACUCAGAAAGCUCUGCAGAAACACAAAGGUGGAGCCACCGGGGUGUCGGAGUCGUCUCACCUCCAGGAAUCCUCUGUUCACUACAACAUUCCCGAGCUUCAGAGCGCCCCCGGCCGGCCCCCUCAGCCGCUCCCACAGCCCCACGCCAACGCACAGUCCUUUCCCCACCCGCACCCACACCCUUACCCUCAGCCCAACGGGCAGCACUUUUCAAUGCCCCUCCACAAGGAGGCCUCAGGGAUGAGGGAGGACCUGUCCGGUCCAGAGGAUUCUGAGGAGGAUGAAGACGAGGAGGAAGAGGAGGCAUCUGUUCCCAAGUGGCAGGGGAUUGAAUCUAUAUUUGAAGCCUAUCAGGAAUAUGUUGAAGAGCAAAGUUUGGAAAGACAAGUCCUGCAGAGCCAGUGUCGAAGACUCGAAGCUCAGAAUUACAACCUCAGUCUGACUGCUGAGCAGCUGUCUCAUACCAUGGGGGAGCUGAUGACCCAGAGGCAAAAGCUGGCGGUGGAAAGGGAGAAGCUCCAAGCAGAGCUGGAGCACUUCAGGAAGUGUUUGACGCUGCCACAGACACACUGGCCCCGAGGAGGCCAUUACAAAGGCUACCCUCCCAGGUGACCCCGACACACUGACCCCAAGCCCCGCAGGCCGCAGCCACCUCCCGCUCACACAGAGACCCAGAGUUUAUUUUUCACCGCCUAGUCUUCAUGCCUCCGUUUGAGGAGAAUGUCGCCGGCUCGAUGAGUGAAUGAACUAUGAGAGUGAAUGCAGAUGGGUGAAUGCACAGGACCAUCGAGUGAAGGACAGUCAUCCAUCGGAUCGUGGCUCGCCAGGGACUGCACCAUAAGCCACCGACACGUGCCAAUGUAGCCAACACAAGACCAGUGGGGGUGCGGGAGCGCAGAGGCCCAGGAACAACACACGCCUGCUUUUCUCAUCCCUCAGCUCCCGCUACCCUGCUCAGUCCUCGCAUCUCUCACCGCCACAGCUACACAGACAAUCCUGCCAAUGAGGGAGCAGCUACCCCGGGAGGGGUAUCACCACAAGACUUGAAAGCUCCGAAAUCUCCAAGCAAAGGCCUCCGGUUAGUCGGGACUGAUUUUCUUAUCACCGUGGCCACGUGAGGUUUUGAACUGGAAAUGCACUUAAGAAUAAAAGCUGAAGAACUACCUGGUGGUACUGUGUUACAACAAAGAACUGUUCCAAUUAGGGAAGAACCUAGAAAAUGCACAUUUUUGGAAAGAAUUAAGGAAAUGUUUUAUUUCAAAAUAGAAAAUUUGAAAAUAAGAAUUUUAAAGGGUGCUUCAGCCUUGUAUUGUAUAUAAUAUGAAGACUUAAAAGAAUUUUGUAUGUUUUUAUUACUUUAAUCAUUGUUCUUUUGAAAGAAAAAGCCUGCCAUUUUUAUAUGUUUCUGCUUUUUUUAUUUUUUUUU